AAAUGUAAAUAGAGUCCCCCCAAUUCUCUUGCUUCAUUCCAAAACAGAGAUUUCUACAGAAAAAGAAAACCCACAGAGAGAGAGAGAGAGAGAGAGAGAGAGAGAGAGAGAGAGAGAGAGCUUUUCUUAGCUUCAAGAUAUCCGAUCCCCUUCUUGAGUUUUGCUAAUUCGGAAGCACUUGUUUCAAAGACCAAAAGGGGGAAAAAAGAGAGAAAAUAAGUACUUGUUCAAGGCGUUACGGGCUUUGGAUUCAUCGUUCUUUUCAAAAGAUCGAAUUUGCUUUUUGGGUGCUGGUAUUUGAGAAUGGGAGAUCACUUUGUAUUGCUGGUGGAUCGGUUGCUUACUGAAUCAACUUUGGAAGCUGCAAUAUUUGAGAGCAGGAAUCUGUCGAAGCAGUCGACAGAUGUAGGAGCUGAUGACAUUGAAAUUGAUUUGUCUUCGUACGAAAGAGAUUCAAGAGAUUGUUCUUCCCCAAGGAAAAUUGUAGAAUGCCGGAUAUGCCAGGACGAGGAUGAAAAUUCAAAUAUGGACACACCUUGCUCUUGCUGUGGCAGCUUAAAGUAUGCUCACCACAGAUGCAUACAGAGGUGGUGUAACGAGAAGGGUAACACUGUGUGUGAGAUAUGUCACCAACCAUUCAAACCAGGCUACACAGCACCUCCUCCAAUGUUCCAAAUUGGGCGUAUUCCUGUGAACUUUAGAGGAAACUGGGAGAUCUCCAGAAGGGACCUGAAUAAUUCUCGCUUUAUAGCUGUGGUCUCACCUGACCGUAAUUUUAUUGAUCCGGAGAUUGACGAGUAUGCAGCUUCUACAGCGAGAAGCGAGUUCUGCUGUCGUUCUGUUGCCAUAAUUUUCAUGGUUCUUCUGGUCUUAAGACAUGCUCUUCCGAUGAUAUUUAGCGAAACGGUGGACUAUUCUCUCCCCUUGUUCUUGCUGUUACUUUUGCGAGCUUGUGGAGUUAUUCUGCCAAUAUAUAUCAUAUUGAGGGCUGUGAAUGCCAUCCAGAGUUGCCGACGGCUCCAGGAAUCUCCUGAAAUGUCAGAUACUCCACCUGAUGAGGAAGCUGGACUGCCAACUCUGCCGCAUCAGGCUCGAGUCGUGCAUAUUCAUUAAAUCUGGUAUUUUCUACUACAAUUUGAAAGUAUCCACACUACCAAUCAGAGGUUGUCUUUGUUUCUGAGACAAAUUUGUGAAAGGAAAGGGAGGAGAAUUUGAAAGUGGUGCUCUCUUGUUUCAGCCACCCUUCAAGUUCCUAGCUACACUAUAAAUUUUCCAGUGCAGGUUUUACUGGUUUUUUUCUUCGCCUUCUGGGAAUAUAUGUACAGUUUGAAAAUAUCCCACUGUGGUUAUAUAAGAACUUGCUAUUUCGAGAAAAUAAAGCAAGAAUACAUGUGUUUCGCCCAU